CAGUGUUAAGAUCUUAUGUACACAGUCACAGAGGAGCCAUUUGGGGACUUGGGUGACAUUUCCAGCAGCACAAUGAGUUUCCUGUGUUUAUUUAUGGUUGCGAUUCAUUUACACGCCUCGUCUUUCGCACUCACGUCAUCCUGGUGUAACCGAACAUCACCACCUGGAUCCAUUCCAUCCAAUGCACUGUAUUUCAACACAAAAAGCCGCUAUGAAGAGCUGAACCCUUAUCUCAUCUCUGAUAUUUUGGCCGUCAACGAGUCCUGGGUAAAACCUCCAUCUCCAGACUGCAAAGCCGUCCACCUGAGCGCCAUCAUCAGACAUGGAACCCGCUACCCCAGCUCAGGGAACAUCAAGAAGAUAAUCCAGUUCUCCAAGCUCGUGAAGAGCCAAGCUGAUCUGAGCUGCGUCAAGGAGCUCCACAACUGGAGGAUGUGGUAUAAGGAGGACAUGGACGGACGCCUGGUGGAAAAAGGACGCUUAGAUCAUAGACAUUUGGCUCAGAGGCUGAUUAAAUCAUUUCCAACACUGAUAACGAAGGAGAACAUAGAAGGGGGACGAGUGAAGCUCAUCACCAGCUCCAAGCACAGAUGUGUUAACAGCACACUGGCUUUCAAACACGCAGUCAUGGAGAGUCUCAGCAUUCGUGGUGUGGAUUUGCCUUACACCAUUAACGAUGAGCUGAUGCGUUUUUUUGAUAAAUGUGAGCGUUUAGUGGAAACGGUGGAGAAGAACAAAGACGCCAUUAUGGAGGUGGAGGUCUUUAAGGAUGGCCCAGAGAUGAAGAGAGUACAGGAGAAACUCGCUGAUCGAUUACAGCUCCCUUACAUCAACGUCACUACAGACGCAGUGGAGACGGUGUUUUAUCUUUGUGCAUACGAGUUCACCAUCCGCGGCCUGAACUCACCCUGGUGUCAGUUACUCGAUGAUGCUGACGGACAAGUCCUGGAGUAUGCCGGGGAUCUGAAGCAGUUUUGGAAACGUGGUUUUGGUCACGACAUCAACAGUAAAUCCAGCUGCAUUCUGUUUCAUGAUCUUUUUAAACGUCUUGAUACCGUGGCCCAGCAGAUCAGGGCAGGUGGGCGUGUCUCGGAGGUGGUGAUGGUGCAGGUGGGUCACGCAGAGACAUUACUGCCCCUGCUCACUCUUCUGGACCUGUUUAAAGACGACACUCCUCUCAACUCCUCCAACUUCGCCUAUCACCACAGCCGCAUGUUCCGCAGCGGGAAGAUUGUACCGUACGCCGCUAACCUGCUGAUGACACUGUUCAACUGCCCCGACGGCCUCCGGCUGCAGGCGCGGCUUAAUGAGCGACCUUUAACCCUGCCAGGCCUGGCUGAGCUUUCACCUCUGUACCAGACUGUGAGAGAACGCUACAAGCAGCUACUGCAGGGAUGCAACCAGGACACAGUGUGUAGACUGAACAGCUAGAAAAAUCAAAAAUGUAAAAAAAAAAGAUGUGUAAAACGACUUAAGCAGUC